UAUUGAUGCUGAUAAAAAAUAUACAUAUGUAUGUACAUACUUCGUGGAAUCGGAAACUCUUCCUUCUAGGCGUAACACACACCGACAUUCAUCACAAAACUAAUAUAGCCCUAAACUCUGCGAGUACCAGGUAUAACAAACUUUCUUUCAACUGGUGGUGGUUGGUUUUACAGCAACAUUUCGACCCUGCCUGUGUUUGGAUACCACGAAAGACUUCAAUGCCGAACGAGUUGUGUGUUGUGUUCGAACUUGCGUUGAGGGUGGACUCUCCUCCGGUCCUCGUCGUGUGCUUUAUUCUUCCGAGAUUCCUUCGUGCUUGAUACGGUUGUGGUUGAUUACAUACAUACAUACAUAUAUACAUACUUUUUACAAAUCCAGUUCUCGUUUUGUUGUGUAUGUCUAUAACUAAGUGUGUAAUGUAUGAAUAUAACGAGUGCAAUAUACUUCAAAUUAUGUUUAUGCUGGAGAAAUAGCUUAUUUCAGUGUCUAUAUCUCAAAAUGUCACUCAUCAAAUGCACGUAGCCCACAAACAAAUGAAAUUGAUUUCAAAUGUAUAUUUUGGAUAGAUUACAUGUAAAAAAAAUCAACGAGGAAUAAUUUAACGCAAAAUUAACAAACUGGGGCUCCUUCGUUCAAGUUGAGCUUUACAAUAACUUUAAUCAAAAGACACAAAGAUAUAAGUUGGAUUAUUAUGUGGUACCGAUACCAACUUAUCACAUCAAACAUUUAACUCUACAAUAAGAAAUUAAAAGUUUAAUCGUCAAGCACAAAACAAUUUACCCCUAUUUAAAAAUGAAUGUUUUUAAAAGGAAGCAUUGCCCAUUGUGGAUUGUAUAUUUAAUUUGUGUUUUUCUGAUGGCGUCACGGACUAAUGCCGCGGCUGGAUCGCAAGGUGUGCCAACAUGGAUGUGUCUUGGACUAAGAUCGCCAUUUAUUGAAUUUGGAAGUCAAGAGGAACAGCUGGCGAAUACAAGUAUUCCUCUUAAUAUCACUAAAGAUGAACAAGCAUAUAUGCAUCAAGAGGGUCUGCGUAAACUUGGAACUUUUAUAAAACCUGUAGAUUUGCGAGACUCUCAGACUGGUUUUGUAAAAGCAGAUCUCACUAAAAGACUGACAAAUGAUCCGCCAAGAUCUCGCCGGAUUCAUCCGAUACAGGAAGAAAUGGAUCAAAAACAAAUUGUACUUCUUGAUGAUGAUACUGAUGAAAAUGGUCUGCCCGCUAGCUUAACUGAUGAGGAUCGCAAGUUUAUAGUGCCAAUGGCACUAAAGAAUGCAUCACCUGAUCCUGGGUGGCUUGAUUCUGCCUCUUCCCAUCCACCAGUUGUAAAAUCGACAUUCGUAGCCGCUUCCAAUACACAACGUCGAGCCACGCAAAUAGCACAUAGCAGUACAUCGACGAAACUAGAAGUGGACCCUACUUCCAAUAUAGACGAUUUGAAGAAGCACAUACUGUUCUUGCACAAUAUGACUAAAACCAAUACAAACUUUGAGUCAAAGUUUGUUAAAUUCCCAAGCUUGCAAAAAGACAAAGCUAAGCAGUCUGCUGGUUCACCAACGAACGUGAAACGUCCGCCUAGACCGGUUUUCCAAUAUGCAGCGCCGAUAGCGCCGCCCACACGCAAAGUUCCGCACGGCGCACAUACUCCAGGUCAACAGCCGUUUGGCGGUUACUACCAUAACGAUGAAGAUAUAAAUACGUUGUCGUCUUUUCUUAAACCAGUUGCGGAUACCAAUGAUUCUGCUCAAAGCGAUGGGAACAGAAAGUUGGAUAAUAUUCCCAUAGUGCCUCAAGUACACUUGUUGAAUGAGGAUGAGUCAACGACCCGGUCAACCACUGAAGAGACAGUGCCCACCAUAGUAAGUCCAGGAAAUUUGGAACCGGCACGCACAACGAAGCGCCCGGCUUGUCUUCGUAAUCCAGAAUCACCAAAAUGUAUACGUCAGCGGCGACGAGAAGAGCAACAGCGCCAACGGGAACGAGAUGAGUGGUUUCGAGGUCAAUCAGAAUACAUACAACCUCGGUUUCAGCCUAUCAUACAAACGAUCAAUAAUACUAGGCGUUUCGCUGUCUCUAUUGAGAUACCAGAUUCCUUUAAAGCACAUUCCGCCUUGACUUCACCAUCCGAUGAAGCAGAGGAUGAAAGGCUGUAUCGUAUGAAGCGCUCGCAACCAAGCGGUCAGAAAGCCAUGAAAGAAAUCACUGAAGGCUCAGCUGAAAAGAAAUUUGAUAAACUGGCUCGUGAUACUGAUUAUUUCGACCGAGAUAUUGUGAUGACAUCGGCAGAUAUCGCAAGUGGAAGCGAUUUCCUGAUCGCCAAGAUGAACGGCUUGGUAUCACCUAAAGAACAGUACAAUGAUACAACUUCAAGACUAAAUGCCUACUCAGAAAAAAUAGACCUAAAUCCUAAUAGCUGUUAUAAAAUCAAUGGCUUAAGCUACGGCCAGAAAAAACAAUGUGUAAAGCAUACUAGUGUUAUGCCAGCGAUUAGUCGUGGUGCCCGUGCAGCUAUUCAAGAGUGCCAAUUUCAAUUUAAAAGUCGUCGCUGGAACUGCAGUACAACUAACGAUGAAACCGUUUUUGGUCCCAUGACAAGUUUAGCGGCACCAGAAAUGGCAUUUAUUCAUGCUCUUGCAGCAGCAACGGUGACCAGCUUCAUUGCCCGUGCGUGUCGAGAUGGCCAAUUAGCGUCGUGUGGCUGCUCGCGUGGGAAUCGGCCUAAACAGCUUCACGACGAUUGGACGUGGGGGGGUUGUGGUGACAACCUGGAAUACGCUUAUAAAUUUGCUACCGAUUUCAUCGAUGUGCGUGAGAAAGAGGCUCACCGUGAAACUCGCGGCGUUCGUAAAAGGACUCGCGAAAUUACCUUGAAGACUUUAAUGCAGGCUGACGAUAUAAAAACAUUUGGGACAUCCGAAUUGGAAACAACAAACGCAACGUUCUUGAUUAACGCAAAAAAUGACACUAUCGAUAAUUCGUCAAAAGAACUCAGAAAAAAGUCGAGUGCUAACAAUAAUUAUUUACGUAAAGACCUUGUGGUAACAGCAACUCCAUUAAAACUUCAAAGAAAGGAGAAUAGUGGACCAGGCUUACCAGAUGAUCUAUUCGAGCUUCAGCAACGUAUUACCAAAGAAAUACUCAAUUCAAAAUUGGAGGGAAGGGAAAUGCUGGUAUUGCAGGAAAAAAUUAAUCGAGAGAUUUUAAACUCGAAAAUUUUUCAAGCAGACGGUAAAAGCAAACGACGGAAACGGAAGCGGAAGAAUCAACGGGCUGUAGUUGAAGACGCGCCUAUUGCUAGCAACAAUGACAGAGUAAAUUAUGUGGAUGGAGUGGAUACUUCAACCACAACAACUACCAAGGCUAGAAGCCUAAUGAAUUUACAUAACAAUGAAGCAGGUCGUCGGGCCGUCAUUAAAAAAACUCGAAUAACUUGCAAGUGUCAUGGAGUCUCUGGAUCAUGCAGUUUAAUUACCUGCUGGCAGCAAUUAUCAUCUAUAAGAGAAAUUGGUGAUUAUCUGCGGGAGAAAUACGAAGAGGCAACCAAAGUGAAGUUAAAUAAACGAGGACGCCUUCAGGUUAAGGAUUCGCAAUUUAAAGUACCCACAGCGCACGACCUUAUUUACAUAGAUGAAAGUCCCGACUGGUGUCGAAGUAACUAUGUUCUGCAUUGGCCUGGUACGCAUGGACGGGUUUGUCACAAGAGCUCGUCGGGUCUAGAUAGCUGUGCCAUACUUUGCUGCGGUCGAGGCUAUAAUACCAAAAAUAUUGUCGUCCAUGAACGGUGUAAUUGCAAGUUCCAUUGGUGCUGCCAGGUUAAAUGCGAAGUUUGUACAAAGGUACUGGAAGAGCAUACAUGUAAAUAGAAUAUUUAAAAGCAACGGAAUAGUAAUAUCCAAAUGUUCAUUGCAUAGCCAUUAUAUAUUUAAUGGAUACUUACAAAAAUUAUUUAUUGAAAUCAAUAAGUUACAAAAUCGAUCAUUCUGCUUUCUGGUAUUUAUUUUUUAACAAUUAAACAGGUUACUAAAUCAUUCGAUUUUCAUUCCUGCGAAAUAACUAUAGAGUUAACUUAUACUAUUUAAAGAUAGUUAAAAUUAAGGCUUGCUUUAUUUCAUAUAUAUAUUUUGCCUCACGAAUUGGGAAAAUAUUGUAACAUGCGCUUUCAUCCGAACUCGAAAUUAAGCAUGUAUGUAACUACUUUUUUAAAAAACUAUAUUCGUAAUAAUUUGUAUUCAGCGUAAAAUAGCUUCGAUUUUUAAUGCUUCUAUCCUAUUAGUAAGUUUAAUUCGUAAAACGAGUGUAUUUAUAAGUCAGAAAAAUUGAAACUGAUUUUAAAAUAUACAAAUUGAUGAUUGUGACGUGUAGCUAAUAAUUCGAUUUUAGCGCUAGAAUAAGUUAAAUUAGAUCUAAGUAGAUGCAAUGAUCAACCUAUGCUCGUAACGUAACUUACUUUUGUAAGUAUACAUCUAUAUGAUUUAGAAUGAAUUGUGUGUCUUCUAAUGUAUGAGAGCACAUCUUUCAAUAUAAAAUGUCCAAUUAGUGUUCCAAAAAGUUAAGUCGAACUAUUG